AGAGCUCCUCCUUAAUAAAUUUCGAUUGGUUUUAGAAACUGUCAAUUACACCAAGGUUGCGUAAAGGCAUUUGCUCGGAAUGGAGUCGCCGAUGGCGGGCUUGUUCAUAUGGACUAUUUAUAAGUGAAUAGUGCGACUAUUAAAACUACAGUUCAUGGAACAUUUCUAGGAAAACAUAACAUUAUCUUAACCCGCAUGAAUGCUGAUUUGCGAAGAAUUACUUGUCCAAGUAAGGGUAAUUGAAAGCUGAAAUCCUAAAUGGGUUGUAACCUUUGAAUUAAAGUGAAACUAAAACGUUACAAUUUGGCAGAAUGGUCCCACAUGCAUCUAAUAUAAUAAUAAUUAAAAAAAAAAAAAACGUAGUUGUUAGAAUAAUUGGGCCACUGCUAUUGUUUGACAAACGAUGCCUUUUGUUCAAGCGAUGUUGGUUUUGGUCAAACGAAAUCAAAGUCGCAAGGAUGGGAUAGUUGUUAAAAGUUUGGUCUGAAGUCCUUCCUCGAAUCGUAUAUAAAAACAUAAUAUUGAUGUCCACGUUUUUUUUUCAAACCCUGUAUGACUACGCAAGUGCAGCAACCGCAACGCGAUAUGCGGAUUGUAGUUUAAUUAACUCCGUACCUUCGUCUACAUUGUAUACUUUGGAGUUGUUAAAAACUCUCUUUCCCAGACACCCAUGCGUGCCAAUAAAAAACGUCAACGAGCCAGUGAACAUUAAGCGGAGCAGACCAAAAUCCCAAACAAGGAAAUGGUGGGGGAAUAAAACGAUCAGAUUAUUUAAUUAAUGCAUGUAAUAAUUAAUAUUUUAUUUUAUUGUAAAUUAAGAUAUAUUUAUGGGUUAAAAUGGAUUACGACUUCAAAACAAAGCUCGCGGCCGAUCGAGAGAAGGUGGAAGAUCUGUUCGAAUAUGAAGGUUGCAAAGUGGGUCGAGGCACCUACGGGCACGUUUAUAAAGCUAAACGCAAAGACGGGAAUGAUGAGAAGGAGUAUGCACUGAAACAAAUUGAAGGCACUGGAAUAUCGAUGUCUGCUUGCAGGGAGAUAGCGCUCCUGAGAGAACUGAAGCACCCCAACGUGAUCGCCCUGCAGAAGGUGUUCCUAUCCCACAGCGAUCGCAAAGUGUGGCUCCUCUUUGACUAUGCCGAGCACGAUUUGUGGCACAUCAUAAAGUUCCACCGGGCCUCCAAGGCCAACAAGAAGCCUAUGCAGCUGCCUAGAGGGAUGGUCAAGUCCCUCCUCUACCAGAUCCUGGAUGGCAUUCAUUACCUCCAUGCCAAUUGGGUGCUCCACCGAGACCUGAAACCUGCUAAUAUCCUGGUUAUGGGAGAAGGACCAGAAAGAGGCCGGGUCAAAAUAGCGGACAUGGGCUUCGCUAGGCUCUUCAACUCCCCACUCAAACCACUGGCUGACCUCGACCCGGUUGUGGUAACGUUCUGGUACCGGGCCCCCGAGCUGCUCCUGGGAGCGCGACAUUACACCAAAGCAAUUGACAUAUGGGCCAUCGGCUGCAUCUUUGCCGAACUGCUGACAUCAGAGCCCAUCUUCCACUGCCGCCAGGAGGACAUCAAAACCAGCAACCCCUUCCACCAUGACCAGCUGGACAGGAUAUUCAGCGUCAUGGGCUUCCCAGCAGAUAAAGACUGGGAGGACAUACGGAAGAUGCCGGAAUACCCGACGCUACAGAAGGACUUCAGGAGAACAACGUAUGCAACGAGCAGCCUCAUCAAGUACAUGGAGAAGCACAAAGUCAAACCAGACAGCAAAGUGUUUAUGUUGCUUCAGAAACUCCUGACGAUGGACCCCACCAAAAGAAUCACUUCUGAACAGGCACUGCAGGACCCCUACUUCCAGGAGGACCCUCUACCCACCUCGGAUGUGUUCGCUGGCUGUCAAAUCCCUUACCCCAAGAGAGAGUUUCUCAAUGAAGACGAACCAGAAGAGAAGACUGAAAAGAACCAGACGCAACAGCACCAGCAGACGACGACGCAGGCGCAAGGGCAGACGCAACAGCAGGCGACUGCGCCGCAGGCCCCCUCCCAGCAGAGCUCGGCGCAGACCAAUGGCACGACGGGGGGGGCGGCGGGCGCCAAUGCUGGCGGCGGCCAGGACCAGGGGCCGCCCAACAAGAAACCUCGUAUCGGGCCCUCAGGGGCCACCUCAGGCACUGGAGUCCUGCAGUCGGAAUACCAGCACUCCAGCUCCCGCCUUGGUUACCAAAGCAACGUCCAAGGUUCCACCCAGUCGCAAGGCACCAUGGGAUACUCCUCGUCAUCUCAGCAGAGCUCGCAGUAUUCUCACCAGUCUCAUCGCUACUGAGACAGUGGACGGACCCAGGCUUGACCCAGGCUUGACCCUUGACCCCCAGCUGACCUCUCAGGCACCACUGAUACACGCCACACAGCUUGACCCACAUUGCACAUCAGUCUCUGAGAGCCUCUUAUGGUCACUCCUACUCCCACUACAUACUAUAACAGUGUAUCACUGUUAUUACACAACACACACACACACACUCUCUCUCACACACACACACACAUACUUUCACUAAUCCAAUCUAAUUCAGUAGUUUCCUUGUAACCAUAUGAAGUAGCUUAAGUAGUCUUUGGAGACAUAUCGGCCUGUAUUCUCAACAGACUCUUGUACUAAUGAAGCACCCCUAUUGGUGUUUGUUGUGCUGUACCAGGCUCUUGCAACCAAAAAGCAGAAGUACUCUACUGCUACCUUCAGCGGUCAGUCUGCCCACCCACUCCUGCAGUCGAUCCAGCCCAGCUGACCCGCUGAGCUCAUCACACACCAACACACACACACACACACACACACACACUCACCUCCAUGUGCGCUUUCCCGAAUCAUUCCAGUAUUUUAGCUGACACUCCUCUGUUCAGGUUCGCUCUAGCAUUCUUCAGACACACACACACACACACACACACAUACACACACACACACACACACACACACACACACACUUUAUGGGUCGGUAGCUGUCUCCGCUUGGGUCCUCGUUUCCCUGACCCACUGAGGGUUCUGCAAUAUGAAGGCAACUCAACAUAGGAACCACAACAACAACAAGUGUUUCUCCAGUGGGGAAGCAGGAAGAGUUAAGAAUGUUCACCGACGAGGAAGAAAGAGGAGUGAGUCAGGUACCAACUUGGCAUCAGUGUACAAACAGUUGUUGACACACAACACGUACAUUAAAAACGAGACUUAUGAACCACAGCACUUACGUUUAAACAAAAGAAUACAUCCUUACACAGGAUGGAUCUGCAGCUUGUCAUAUAUGUGUACUAUACAGAGCACCUUGUCUAUUUGUUGAAAAAACAAACAAACAAAAAAAAAAAAAUGAGAGACUUUUUUUGCCUGGUUUUGCUCUGUUGAAGUUUACUAUAGUUAUUUGAAUCUUUUUGUUUUGUUUUUGCUUUGUUUGUUUUUGUAAAUACGAUACUGAUCUGAAAAAGCCCUUUACGGUGUGCAUAAUCUGCAGCGAUCCUAACAGGCCUUGAGCUCAUCUGUUGGACACUUAGAACAAUGCAGCAGGAGAGGAGAGGCGUCUUGCGUUUUGGAAAAGAAGAAAAGAGGCCGCUGAAUCUGCAUUUGAAGAGCUUCAUCGCAAUACAUGCAAAUACUGUACAAACAGCCCUUUUUUUUGCUGUUGGAAUUGCCACACAAAACCAGACAAGAAGAGAAAACGAGAAAAAUGUCCAAAUAUCGCAUCAUUCUCAUGCACACGCCAUUUUGUUUUGAGUUGUGUCAGUUGGUUGAGAAUAUGCAGUCCCUUGGGGACGAUGUCCAGCGCCUCUCCUCCAUUGCCUUUUGUGUCUUCCACGCAUAAGAGAGCAGCCCCCAUUUCUCCCUGCCGUUCCCAGCUCACUGCACAGAGCGCGCUACCCUCUCUCCCUCUUUUUCUCUCUCUCUCUUUCUCUUUCUCUCUCUCUCUCUCUCUCUCUCUCUCUCUUUCGCUCUCCUACAGUACUCUCUCUCUCUCCUCUCUCCGCAUGGUCAAUCUGAGGGUUAAGGAGACGUGCUCUCUCUCUCUCUCUCUCUCGCCAUGAAGAAAGUUUGAAUUUUGGAACAAGAACCUUGGCCUCCGCUUUGUUUCUUGUUCUGCCUUGUUGGUGUUCGGUCAGGUUUUAUUUACAGUCGAUGGAUAGAGGUGGGGGGAAAUAGGCUUUGGAACUGGUUAGACAAAGGUCAAAGUUCAGAGGUCACUGAAUGUGUUCAUCUCCCACACGGGGCAGCUAGCAGUUCCCACUGCUCCCCGGCCUGUUACCUCCUGAUGCUUUUGUGAAGCGUACUCUUUGUUUUAUUGUUUGUGAAUGUUAUCUCGGUUUUGCUUGAGGAAGAACAGUCUUGUUUUUUGUAUGACUCAGUUAAAGGGAUUGCACUGCUGACCUGAUGUCCAGCAAGGCCCAGGAACAACAGAAGGACACAGAGGUUCACCACCAAGAUCAUUAUUGCCUCCUUCGCUCUUUCUCUCUCUCUCUCUCUCUCUCUCUCUCUCUCUCUCUGUCUAUCUAAUUUCUAAAUCUCUCUCCUUCUUUUUGCCUCUCUCCUCCACUCACUCAGUGUCCCCUGGACAAAGCCCUGCCUGACUAACGGAGCACUGAACGGACACUCCAGUGGGCAGAGGGAAGCCCUGCAGUUUCCUGUGUCCGUGCUCCCUGCAGUUUCCUGUGUCCUGUGGGAACGGUCAUUGGAAGGGGACUGCACUGCAACACAAAAGACACAGAAACCAGUGUCAAGUUUUAUCUUUUGGUUUGUUGGUUUUAGAAACACAGACUCACUCCGAGUGUUUCUAUUGAGAGUUAGGCCCUAGUGUUUCUAUUGAGAGCCCUUAAGGCCCUAGCGGCCUCAAGUGGACUUUGUGUCUGCACCUUUCAACAUGAUGGUAGCAGUCUGCUUCUUGUGGCCGUGUGAUGGAACCAACUGUCCUCUCCUGUUGUACAUCAAUCAAGAGACCUAGCAGAGGGUGUGCAGUUAUUUUCUUAUUUUUUAUAAUAAUUUGGCCCCCCAAAUGGCCUCCAUAUUCAUCAACACUGUCCUACUCUGGUGAUGUCUGGUUUUGGUGGCUCAUGAUUGACAGGAAAAGUUAAUAGGUUUUUAAAUGUUAGGGUUUGUUUUUGUUUCUGUUUGGGGGGGGGGGAAUACAAAACUCACAACUCUGAGGCUAGUCUGACUUGUCACGCCUGUGCUGGAGAUUUUCUCUCAGACUUCCUGUCAGCGCUGUCUAACUCUUCGCUAUCUCACCUCCAGUAGGCUGCUUUGGCAGCUCCUCAGCUGUGUACAGUUGAAAUGACGGAUUUCACCCGCCUCCAUGUCUGGAAGUCUGAUUACUCACGAAAGCAAAUGAUAUUUGUCUGUUUGCCCUCAGCCUCACACAGACCCCCCCCCCCCCCCCCCCAUGUGUUUUACUUUAUGGCACAUGUGUUGAGGUGGAAGCCUGGCACCAGGUAAGCAAAAGGCACUGUUCCUUGUAGAUUUUAAAUAUUCAACAGUGAAGUUACAAUGUCCGUGGUGUAUCUAGCUGACAACUUACUGUAAAGAAAAUAUUGAUUUUUUUUUUAUUUGUUACUUUUGUUAUUUAUAUCUUUUAGAAAAUGCAGUCAGGUGCAUUGGCCAAGUGUCGUGAAAAAGCCCUCCAAAAACCAGUGGCGAAUUCUGGGACGCACGCCUAGAAAACCAGCAGCUUUUCAGAACAUUUGAGGUAUUUAUGCGUCUGCUCUUGAGUUUGGAAGAGCAUGGGAAUCAGCUGUAGUGCUCGAGGUUUUUCCAAGUCUAAGCGAGGUGAUCAAAAAAGUGUUACUCUGUACGCGGCCCUCCAUGCUCCAACAUCAGAGGAGACGUGACUCCAAUACAGGAUCUAUGCAAACAAACAAACAAACGACAACAAACAACAAAACAAACGAGAAAAGCUUUCGCUGGUGUCGCACCCUUUUGUCUUUUUGAGAGGCUGCACGUCACACAUUUCUAAUGGCUUAGAAACGUCUGUGGUUUUUCAGAUGAAUGGGAGCUCCCGAAUUGUAAUUGUAAUUUGAAAUCAUUGAGUAAUACGGCUGUUUUUUGUACAGUAUACUACGUUCCUGUGUUUCAAAAAAGCCUAGUUGUAUUCUAUGUGAUAUAUUGUAAAAAUCACAUAAAAAAGACAAAAAAUGCAGAAUGCAUGUAUAUUAAAUAUACAAUUGUAUUUAUUGUUUACUCAUACAGUAUAUAUAGAGAGAUAUGCAGUAUAUAUUAUUAAAUAAGUUUAGAUAUUUCCUCUGCCUUAACCAGAAGGUGACCUCUGUGCACUAAGUAUCGCAAUUCUAAUUCUAACGUAGUAGCAGCUAAAUCUACCAGGUUUGGGCUUCUAAAGAUUUCUUCUGCUGUGGUGUGAUGUAUUAUGGGUAGAGGAUUCUCUGUCUCCCUGUUGGCUCGUCAGCUCUUAACAGUAUGCUUAAAACUGAUACUUCAGCGUCAGUAUGCUUCAACUGAUACAUCAGUAAGCUCUCUCUAGUCAUGUCCAUUUUAGCAUUCUUCCCAGGUGAACGUCUCGUUCGCUGCUUUCUAGUAAAGUAGUUAAAAGUAUGAAAAACUACAGAAUGCUGAUUUUUUUUUUUUUUAAGCAUCAGGAUGAUGAAAAGAAACCGUCUGCACCUGCACGUGAAAGAGGUUGGCUUAGCCCAUCGUCUGAGGCACCAUGGGGUGGCCUUUACUGGACGAGUGGUGGGGUGUGUCCCCCCCUCGGCUCCGUGUGUGUGUUGAAUAGCCAGUAGGGCGGGGGGUGGGGGCGGGCGCUUGGUCCCGGCCUAGUGGUCCUGCUCUGAGGUUCUUUAAAAAAAAAAAAAAAAAAAAAAAAAAAAAACGCGUCCUUAUCAGUGUGAGGCUGUGGCCGAGUAGCCAAUCAGAACAAGUUGUCAGGUUUAGACUGAACUUCAAAGCUCAGGGAUUAAAGGGUCUCCCCCAUCUCAUCUAUGUUGAUCAGUGUUGAUCCAGGAGGUCCUAAUGUGCAGCUGGUACAAGCUGGCUCGGUGCAGGUGCAACCAAGUGAAAGGAGUUUAUUUCAGAUUUCGGAGUAUGUCUAGAUUUUGUCCAUCUCUAAUGUAUUUUAUUGCCUUUGUAUGCAGAACUAAUUGAGCUUUUGCAAAAGCUUAUCUUCCAUGUAGUGUAGAUUUGAGUAGAUGAGCUUUAGCUGGAUGCAAGCCGUCUUCUCUCUCACUCAUUCUCUUUUUCUCUCUAGGACUCAAGACAACAGCAUUUCAAUUUUUUGGACAGUGCCUUUUUUGAGUCUGAGUGUUCAAAAACCUCGUAGUUGCCAUCUUGUGUCGUGACAUUCAGGAUUUUAUUAUGUUUUUCUUUCUCUCAUGCCUUGUCAUACAUGUCAUUAUUCUUUUUACUCUUUUGUACCUUAGGAGCACUUGAUUUUAAACUUAAAUUCAUGGACAGUGGCAGCAAACAGCUAGAUAUCCAUUUUGACGUGAAACAUCCCAGUUUCUUCUAUUGCUGGGUAGAAAUAAGUCCAAGACAACAUAUUAUAUAUAUAUUUUUUUUUUUCUUUUCCAAUAAAUUUGUCUCUCUCUCCUUGAUACACAGUUUUAACAUGCUGUAUAUAAGAACACAUUUUAAGAAUUUUCCAUUGAGACGUAUUGCUAUGAUAAUUGUCUUUUAAUGCACUGUUGCUGAAUUUAGUGGUAAAAAUGAAAAGUAUUUAAUGUUUUUUUAUGUCUUGUCUAGACACUAAAGAUAUGGCAGUUAUAAGACAGCUAUAAGCCAGACAAUACUCUUUUAAGGAGUUUUUAUAUAAAUGUAUAGAUAUAUAAAGAAACAUGAUAAUAGUACAAACAUGUGAAUCAUAGUGAGCCACACCAUUCGGCCUGUUCUUCACAUUUCCCACCUUUAGCAAAUUGUUGCAUGUGCUUGUCUGUACUCAAUCCAAAAUGUUAACACUUACAA